UCACUUUACAACCCAAAAAGCUUUUUUGUAACCCCCAAAUUUUUCCCUCUCUCUCUUUCUCUUUUCGGCGGUUAAGCUGCCACAAUCUCUCACCAGACACCCACAUAAAAAAGAAAACAAUCUUUUGUCUCUUAUCCUCCAAACCCAUUUGAUCAUUUUCUCAAGAACAGAGCAAAAAUGCCGCUUGUUAGGCUCGAAGUCAAGAAUGUGUACGGUUUAGGUCAACCGGAGCUUCACAGAAACGUAGACCGUGAUGACCCUAAAGCAAUUCUUGAUGGCGUCUCUGUUUCUGGACUCGUUGGGAUCUUGCGUCAACUUGGUGAUCUCACCGAGUUUGCAGCUGAGAUAUUUCAUGGAAUACAAGAGGAAGUUAUGAUAACAGCUUCAAGAAGCAAUAAACUGAAGAUGAGACUGAAGCAAAUAGAAGAUACAGUUCCUUCAAUCCAGAAGACAGUGCUUGCACAAGCAAACCACAUCCAUUUUGCAUAUACUGGAGGUUUGGAGUGGCAUCCUCGUAUACCAAAUGUGCAGAAUCACUUUAUAUAUGACGACUUACCACCGUUUGUUAUGGCUCCUUAUGAAGAUUGCCGGGAGCCUCCACGGUUGCACUUGCUAGACAAGUUUGAUAUAAAUGGACCAGGAUCUUGCUUGAAUCGAUACUCUGAUCCUACUCACUUCAAGACAGCAUCAAGAACUUCUAAACUUCCAGAAAUUAAGGUCUGUUUAAAUCAGUUAAACCACAGUCUCUUCUUCUUGAUGAUUAUUUUUCUGGUUCCUAAACUUAUCUGCAUGAAACAGAAGAAAAAAUCAUUACAACGUAACCGAGAUGUAUCAAGUCUUGCCUCUAUAGCUAACCAGAGUGACAGGAAGACAUUUACUUCUUUAAGUUUUAGUGGACGAACCUCUUGCUCUAAAACAGCCUCAACGGUUGAAAUUGAAUCGAAAUCCGACUUUCAAGAUCACCGUUCUUCCUCUUUCGAUUCAAGAAGUGGUGGAGAUAAACUGAAAGGGGUAUCUUCUUCUUCAAGGUUUACACCGGGUUCCCGGACCAUUGCUUCAGUUCUUUCUGAAAGUGAAAGUGAAGAUACGAAUGAUAGUCCUUCUCAAGAUUUAACAGCUCGUGGUUCUUCUUGUGUUAGUUGGCACGAGAAAGCUGAGAUAGUGGAAUGCAAUGUUCUGCAGUGUGCAAUAGAUGAAGCUCCUGAAGUAAUGGAGACUAACUUUGUCUUGGAUGGUGGACCGGUAUCAAGACUAAAUGAACAUACAACGGUAGAUGCUGAAUCAGUAUCAACACUGAAAGACCAUACAGAGUUUGAAGUAGUCCAAGAUAACAAACCAAGGGGAAUGGAAAUGGAUAGUGAAGAUGAAACUGAAAGUGAAGGGGAUGAUUUUGUUGAUGCGCUUUACACCAUUGAUUCGGAAUCUGAAAAUGAACAAGCGUACCAAGCCACUGAAAAGGUGCAGAAGAAGAUUUCCAAUGAGAAUACAGAAGAAAGAUUGGAUAACAAUGUGUGUGAGCAAGAAAAAGAGAAGAUUUCUAACAACUGUAGUGAUGAUGAGAGAAUAUGUGCUGCUGCAUCAGAGCUACAGUUAUCACCACCAGUAAAUAAAUCUCAAGAACUGAUUCAUCAAGAUCCAUGGGCAGCUUCGGAAAUAAGCAGUAGCACUCAUAGUUAUUCCAAUGGCUUCUCGAAUCCCUUGUAUGAUGUUAGUGGUAUCCAAGAACAUCAAGAAUCAGAAGAAGCUGAGACAACUUCUUGUGAAACUGAAUCCAUCAAAACAUGGACUAAUGGAAAUCUUCUGGGACUGAAACCAUCCAAACCGAAGAUAAAAGCCGAAACUAUUCCAGAGAUUGUUGAAGAGAUUGAUGCUGAACCCUUCCAAGAACCCUUGAGAGAAGAUUAUAAGGCUCCUUUUGAUUGGUUUACUUCAUCUCCUCCACUUGAUCACAUGAAGAUAUCUUUCAAAUCCUCAGAAGCCUUACCUUGUUCCGAACUGGAGCUGAAACUUCCAGAUGAUUACACGUUUUCUUCUUUUCAGUUGGUGCCAGAGACUGCUGCAACUUCACUUCCUGAUUCUGAUUCGGACAAGGACACUUUCUGUAGAUCCUCUUCUUACAUUUCAGAUAACAGUGACAAUGCCUCUGUACUGAUGUCUGAGAAGCAGUGGGAAGAGGAAUCUGUCCACAUUCGUGAAAGCAAGAACCAACAAGAGCUCUAUGAUUCUUUUCAAAGAAUCAAUUCUGAAGCUUCUUCUCUCUCAGCUCCAUCUUCAAAGAUUGAAACAGCAAAUGGUUGUAUAGUUGGAAAUGUCUCUUACCUCCAACAUCCAGCUGACCCUUUACCACCGCCGCUCCCACCAUUACAAUGGAUGGUUUCAAAGCUACCAUCAGAAAGAUUGGAGGAUAACAACAAGCCGUCUCUAAAAGACGCUCUCAUACGCGCAUUCGAGCAGAAGAACAAUUCUUUAUCAGCAGUCAAGAGAGAAGAACCAAACAUUGUCACUGUUUCUGAGCCUAAACCAGAAUUCAAGGUACAUCUAAAGAACAAUGUGAGAGAUUAUAAGCAAAGUCUUGGCAACACAAAAGAGACAGAAGCUGGAGACUUCUUGCAUCAAAUUCGAACAAAACAAUUUAACCUGAGACGUGUGGUCACGACAAAGACAGCAUCAUCGGAAGCUACGAUGAACACCAAUAUUAGCGUAAUACUAGAGAAGGCAAACUCUAUCAGACAGGCUGUAGCAAGUGACGAUGGAGAUGGCGAAAGCGAUUCAUGGAGCGAUAGCGAAACGUGACUACUUGUGCAACUCACCACAUUCAUUGCGUAGUAGAGAUAAUAGGUCGAUUUUUGUAAUACGUUUGUAUGUAUCGUCAACAAAAUGAAAUAAGAUUGGUAUAUACCAUAUGUUAUGUCUUUUAUUUUCUCUAGAAUUAAUAUCUAGUAGUGAAUAAUUUUAUAAUCAA